AUGCAUGCGCUGCGUCCGCCAGUAGACAUUAUCAACCAGGGCCAGGUAAUCCGGAAGGGGAUCCGGGAGACGCCGCACCGCCUGGUCAAGCCUGCCCUUGUACUUUACAAGACUGAUGCGGUGCAGGCCAAGGCGGGCAUCACUAUUCCCAUCGCUGCGGUCCACAGCGUCCAGCAAUGCAUGGAGGUCCAAUUCGGCAGGCGACUUCGAGAAAGCCUGGGACCAAUCCUCAUACGGCGCUAUCCAGUCGAUAUCAUGCCGAUAUGUGGCUCUAUCAUCCGGCAAAAACCAUGGUGCGACGACGACCAUAACUCUGAGAGAUGUGCAAUGCGUCGCGAUAUACUUCAGCGUCUUAUAAAGAAGCAGCCUCAGGCCACGAUCGUUGGGAACGUCGCGCACGAAGAACAAGUGUUGUGUGAAAUUGAACCAGCCCAGCUUUUCGAUGUGAGUGUGAGUUUGGCGCAGGACCUGGCGGGCCUCGGAGUUAGCUUGACCGAUGGACCUAUGGGGGACCAGGAGGCUGUUAAGGCGAAGGUCCAGAUGUAG